CCUUCAUCAUCCGUCUUAUCAAUUCUUGCAACUAUCGCUGCUAGCUCGCAAACAGCAGACGGAAGCCCUCUCCCAUCACCGACUCCACCUCCAUCUUUCUUAUGUCCGUCUAUAGAUCAUUUCAAUACUUGCGUCCAUAACACAACCCCUACAACAUCCUAUAGCAGCUCUUCCACAUUUCCUACGGCUACAGCUAAAUUCACACAACAAGUGGCAGACAAAUACGUUCAAGGGCUUGACGGCCGCUGGCGCAAGGCAUCUGGCUGGACUUUGUAUGGCUCAACAUUCUAUGAUUCGUCUUCGGACCUCACAGUUGAUGUUUCACAGUCUACCUCGGUUUUUGUUCCAACCGCUUCCACCCAAAUGGACUCUGUCCUUCCCGCGGGUUGGUCCACAACAUCCCAAACCAAUCGUACCGCAUCCAUCAUCAUCCUCUCACUAGCCAUAGUCUUGGCAGUCUCAAUUUGCAUGUUCAUUAUAAGUUGCAUCGUUUGGAGAAAGAGACGGAAGAAAGCAUCGAAUAGAGAAAAGAAAAAUAAUGACUUGGAACUGAAAGCUCGACAUAAGGCGAACCCGGAAGACCUAUCAGAGGAUGGUGAAAGGGAGAUCGAGGCUCGCGGAAAGAAUCGUUUGUGGGCGAGGGCAAGCGCUCGGUGGAAGGCUAACAUACGACAUUCUGCUCGUCGACGCAGGCGACGUCAGGGCUUGUCUACCAGAAGUCGACCACCAUCUCCUGCAUUAUUGGAUCCUCACGAAGCGUCUACCCACCCCUCCCCAGUCUCAUCACGACGACAUUCAAUAGCAUCUGUCUCCAAAGAUGUGGAUUACCACGCUGCUUCCAAUGAGAAUUCUUCCUAUCCCGCACAACCACCUUCUAUAUCACCCGACCCAUCUAGUCCAUGCUCCGUUUCGUCUCCCCCCGCUUACAUAUUCCCUGCACUGCAUGUGCGUCCUGAGAUCGAAGGUCAUUCUCAGGAGUCUUCGGGUGACCCCGCAUCACGCCGAGGGUCACUGCUCUUCGGUCAUGACUUUUCACCCGCAGACCAUGAUGAUAUUCCUUACCAGCCUAGCUGUGCUGGGCACGUCGCCAUUGAUGAUAAGACUCAUCUCGCCCGUAUGUCGGAGUUGGCUAGCGCGCCUCCCGUAAUUCAGGAUGACACUCGCGGGAGUCCCUCGCAGAUCCAUGAGUCUGCCCCAGAAUGGCAUGAUGAUUUUGAAGACCACCUUUCCCAACCAGUCGCUAUCUCACCCUCCGAAAUUUCUCUAUUUGAGGUCGGGGACUCGGGUUUCCCAAAUCCGCCCUCGAAAAGUGUUUUGUCUCCAAGAUACUUUGAUGGGCACAGCUAUGUGCAAGAUAUCACCGCCCUAGAUCCUAUAUUAUUGCCUUCUAUGCCCCCGUACGAGGCCCGGCCCAACGCUAUUCCCUUUGAGGACACCCUGACAGCUUCGGCUCCUCCAAUAUCGGAGCAUGACAAAUCGUUUGACGAUUGGCAAGCCAGUGCUCCCGAA